GGGAUUUUGAAGGGAUCUCAUGAAAGUAGCAUAUUAUCUCUACAUGAACCCUUCUUUUAAUUCCACAGAACCCUACAUUCCAUAUCCCCGUCGUCAGUCGAAUGUAAGGCACACAGAUCGGUCCUGUCAGCCAUCCUCGGUGGACUCGGUCAAGCAAUAUGCAACUUCCCUCCAAGCUCGUCUUGGAUUUGCAGCAUUUAAGAUGCAGCAUGGGUGGGAAAAGAACACACUGCCAGAUGUUGAAGGCCUUUGGAAGAAAAGGCGCCAACAGCAUUUUAUUUCAUUGCCAACUCCCAAAGUAACCCAAUACGAUAUCAUCGAGCGACGCUCCUACCACAACUUCACGAUCAGUCCAAAAAAGAGACGAGAAAAACAGCGGUUAGCCGCACGCCUGAGACCAACCAGUACUAAACCAGCCACCAACCCCCAAUUCUGUCAGUUACAUUUUCCAGAAUACUCCAAUAAUGAGAAAAAGUUACUUUCUACCAGCUCACAAUUCCAGAAACCAGCUGUCAUAAAUGAGAUUCCACAUGAUUCCAAUCUAGAUCCCAGCCAAAAUCAGUCCAUUGAUUCCCUUGGUCAAACAGAUCUCGAUCUGAUGAAUCAAUCUCUGGUUAUGAUUACACAGGCUAUCGUUGCUGCUGUGGAGGAGCUAGCACCAGGACUUGAGCCAUUGGCGGAUUCAUAAACUCAAAAGAGAUUUAUGAAAUUCUCAUGGGCGAAAUAGAUACAUGCAAAUGCACGAAGAGGAAUCUGACAUGAUUGGUAAUCCCAAUCAUUUACCAUUAACAAUUUAAACCCACACAUACACGCAUACACAUACGCAUACACACGGACGUUGACAUAUACUGCAUUAUCAAGUAUAUUAUAAUUAACUGUAUGUCUAUGGAUUCAAGGGCUCAGGAACCACAAAGCCACAAAGCUCUCGCAUAAUAUCAUUUGUGGAUCAUUCGUAUGCAUGUUUGUAAAUAGCCAUUCUUCAUUUUAUCACUUUUACUUAUAAGUAAUAUACACAUACAAACACAC